CUUUUGUCUCUUCAUUAACUUUAGUAUACCACACUACCAUACUACUAGUUCAUCUCAUAUUUCUUGAACCAUUUUUCUCUAUUCCAAUGGAUUUUGAAGAUGAUCAAACUUCUAAUUCUUCAUGUUCUUCUUCUGAUCAUGAUAUUAUUGAUAAAAAAAAGAAUUUUGAUCUUUCUUCAUGUUCUAUGAAUGUUAUUAAACCGUCGUUACAUAACAAGAGGAGGACAGGAAGGAAGAAAUUCAAGGAAACACGACACCCCUUUUAUAGAGGAGUAAGGAGAAGGAACGGGGACAAAUGGGUGUGUGAAAUACGCGAGCCGAAUAAAAAGUCAAGAAUCUGGCUAGGUACUUUCACCACUCCUGAAAUAGCAGCUAGGGCGCACGAUGUUGCUGCCCUAGCUCUCCGAGGGACAAAAGCUUCCCUUAACUUCCCCGAAUCGUCUUGGUCUCUCCCUAAAGCCCAAUCUUCUUCCCCUCGCGACAUUCAAAUCGCGGCUCUUCAAGUUUCAAAUAAGGAAAUUGUGUCCUCUCCCUUGAAACACUCUAUGUCAUAUUUGGAGUUAGAAGAAUCCUCUUGUUUUCAAAGCCCAAAAGAUGAUCAAGAGAACUCUUCAAAGGGUUAUAAUGAUUCUUGUGAAUUAAUGGAGUUUGUGGAUGAGGAGGCUAUGUUUAACAUGCCAAUAUUAAUUGAUAGUAUGGCAGAAGGAAUGCUUAUGACUCCACCAGCUAUGAAAAGAGGCUUUAAUUGGGGUGAUGUUGAGGAAAACGUCGAGUUCACUUUAUGGAAAGAAUGAUCCAGUAGACAAAUAAUUAAAAUGUAUUCUCUCUAUCAGAUAAGAAGGUCACGCGCUUCAAUAGAUAUAAUUUGAUAAAAAGCAAAUGUAUCAACAGCUUGGAUAUUUGUAUUUAAUUUAGGACUUCAAAUUUUGAAAGAAGUUAACAUAUAUCUGCAGUAAUGUAAAACCUACUAUAUACUAAAAGGAUAUUUAGCUUU